GUGUCAUAUCAAAGUGACUUGUUGGGGCUAUCAGCUGGUCAGACAGCAAGCCCAAAGUUCGCCCUUCCUUCCGAUAUUUAACUACACCAUGGGUUUCUGGCAUUCGAUUUAACCAAGGGAGGGACCAUGGAACAGCCUGGUCCUGCUACAGAUACAGACAUGAUGGAAGGAUCAGAGGUCGAAUCUGUGUGUGAGGCAUCUCCCCUUGUGAAUCAGCUUCACAACUACACAGCCAAUGUAGAAAAUGGGGAUCAAAUAUCUCACAAUAGUGCAGAUAAAGCACCGCUUGAAAGUGAAUUAAUCAAGAGUACAACAGAUGUUGAGACGGACACAAAGACAGAGCAGGAAGCUCAAACAUGCAGUCAGGAACAGUUGAAGGGGAGUGAGAUGGACGCUACGGGCUGUCAUAACAGUACAGUUUCCACGGAAGGCAGGAUUCCUUCAUUUUCAAAUGAGGCUGCUGGAGCUUUGGUAGCCCCUGACACCUCUUUAGGUGAUGUGUUGGAAGGCUCUUCUUCUGUUCUUGAAGGCACUGUAGAAACCUUACUGACUUUUGAUGAAGCGAAGGUUCCUCAUGUUACCACUCCAAACCACAAUGAGCAGCCAUCAGUGUUGGUAACAAAUUGUUCCACAGAGCCAUUGCCUGCUGAUGAUAAUGGUUCAGCUGAGAGUCCAUCAUCCUCUUCCGUCCAAAGCACUUCCAAAAGCUCCCCCACCGACUCAGCAACCACCUCUGGGAUUUCUAAUGGCCCUUCAACCCCUAGCUCUGACACUGUCAGCUCCUCACUUGCUUCCAGUCCACAAACCAGUGCCAACACCUUUGCCCCCUCACAUUCCUCGUCAAGCCCUUAUGACACUGAUUGCAGCCGCAAGCUUAUUUCCCAGAUCCAGCGCUCGCUGUCACAGGAGUCACUGCUGGAUGAGCUGGAGUCUGAGCUUUUGGCUUGUCAGCUGCCUGAGGGUGAAAGUGGGAACGAGAGAAAAGGGAGCCCCCCUGUCAAUGGGCUUCCCACAGACCAGGAGGGCUGUAUGGUGGUCUUUGAGAAAUGUGUGCAAUACAAGUACACACAACAGGAGAAAGCGAUUCAGAGGUUGCUUGAGGAGAACAAGAGACAUCAGGAGCUGAUCCUGGGUAUCUGUUCAGAGAAGGACAACAUGAGGGAAGAGCUGAAAAAGAGGGCAGAGACAGAAAAGCAGCACAUGGCCACCAUGAAAAAGUUGGAGGGCAGGGUGGAGGAGCUUCUGAAAGAACUGAAGGAGUCGCGGGAUAAACUGAUUCACCAGGACCAGGCAGCUAAGGCUGCCCUCCAGCAGAUGCAGAAGGAGAUGGCCUACCGGCUAGAACAGGCGAACAAGAAGUGUGACGAGGCACGCCAAGAGAAGGAGACCAUGGUGAUGAAAUAUGUGAGGGGGGAGAAAGAGGCCCUCGACCUGAGACGUGAUAAAGAGGGUUUGGAGAAGAAGCUGAGGGAAGCCACCAAGGAGGUAGACCGUCAGGCACUCCGAGGAAACCAGCUGGCUCAGGAGAAAGGCCGUCUGCAGCAGCUGUAUGAUGCCAAGGAAGGCGAGGUUAGCAGGUUGAAUCGAGAGGUGGAAAAGCUGAAGGAGGAGAUCAACUCACAUCUUAUCAAGGUCAAAUGGGCCCAGAACAAACUGAAGAGUGAGGCAGAUGCACACAAGGAAACUAAAGACAAACUGAGAGAGACCACAUCCAAAUUGGCCCAGGCCAAAGAAGAGACCGAACAGAUCCGCAAGAACUGCCAGGACAUGAUCCGAACAUAUCAGGAAUCAGAAGAGCUCAAGUCCAAUGAGCUGGAUGCUAAACUGAGAGAGACCAAAGGAGAGCUGGAGAAACACAAGCAGGAACAAACAGACCAAUUAGAGGUACACCGAGUGAAGGCCAAAGAGCUGGAAGACCUGAAGAAGAGUUACAAAGAGGGCAUGGAUGAGCUUAACACUCUACGCACCAAGUUAAAGUGUUUAGAGGACGAGCGUCCACGCUGGGAGGACGAGUUGAGCAAGUACAGGGAGAUCAUCAACCGGCAGAAAGCUGAGAUCGGCCGCCAGAGAGAAAAGCUGGAAGAGAUCACUACACUCCAGGAGCAGCAUGAACGUGACAAACAGGAGAUCACGUCUCUUCAUGAGGAAGUGGACGGCCAGACCAACCAGAUGGCUGACCUUCAGCGUGAUGUACAAGGCAGCAGGGAGCGUGAGGCUGAGUUACUGGGCUUCACUGAGAAGUUGAGCAGCAAGAACGCCCAGCUCCAGUCAGAGAGCAACGCACUACAGUCUCAGCUGGACCAGCUCACCAGCAGCUUCACAGAGCUCCAAGCAAAUCUGGAGGAGACCAACAGGCUACUAGAUGACAAGUCACGGCAGCUGAAACAGGAAGAGGUGCUGAGGCAGCAGGAGGUGCAGGGGCUGCAGGAGGAGCGGACAGCUCUGCAGACAGAGGUGGCCCAACUAAAAACCAGAGUUGAAGAGCUAAGGGAUGAGCUGGUGACUCAGAAAAGGAAACAAGCUGCCAACAUCAAGGACCUGACAAAACAACUAACACAAGCUCGUAAGAGACUGGAGCAGGUCGAGAAUGGAGGCUGCGACCGGGAUGCCAGCAGUAUGGGCAGUCGCUCUAGUUCCUCAGGUACUACUCCUGAAUGCUCCUUGAAUGCACGUCAGGGUGGGAGCAGUGGUGUUGAAGAGCGGUCGCCGGAGAGCCAGUCAGGUCCCUCAGUGGUGGUCGUGGACAGCUUCCCAGAGGUCGACAAGGCUGUGCUAGUGGAGCGCAUUGUCCGUCUGCAAAAGGCCCUUGCUCGCAAGCAGGAAAAAAUUGAAUUCAUGGAGGAUCACAUCAAGCAACUGGUGGAAGAGAUCCGAAAAAAGACCAAAAUUAUCCAGAGCUAUGUGCUAAGGGAGGAGUCAGGGGCCCUCUCAUCAGAGGCGUCCGACAUUAACAAGGCCCACCUGAGCCGACGGGGAGGCAUUAUGGCUUCGCUUUACACCUCCCACCCGGCAGACAGCGGGCUGACCCUGGAUCUGUCGCUGGAGAUCAACAGGAAGCUGCAGGCUGUGUUGGAGGACACACUGCUGAAGAACAUUACUCUGAAGGAGAAUCUGCAGACGCUAGGGGCCGAGAUCGAGAGGCUCAUAAAACAGCAGAGGGAUCCUGAGGAUGGGGUAAGGAGGAAGUGACACGACCACAUCACAGGAAAGAGAAAAUAAAAGGACUACACGUUGAAUCUCCAACACACCGCAUUUUUGAAGGGACAGCAAAAUUAGAGACAUACACACCGUCAUUUUCCCAAAACAUGAAGGAGCAAAAUGAAUGUUGUGAGGGCCAGUAGCACCUCAGGUUGCUUUGUGGAGGACCUCAGUUUCUGUCCAUCUCGUGGAAAAUCUCUGAACUUACUUGAACUGUCACUAUUCCAUCUACAUCAUGCCACCUCCGUCGCCUCCUUCAGCACAACAAAUCCUCCUCUGGCUAACGUCCAUGUCCCCUUGCCAAGACAUAAAAUUCUUUUGGGCCACUUUCCUCAAGCUUGAAACUCUGACUCCCUUGUGAACGAAUUGACUGAAGAUGCCAUAAUUAUGAAUGUAUAGCAAAACCUACCUGGGAAAUCGUUGCGAAACAACAAACACAGAUUUGCCAAUGAAUACGUCCUAAGAAAAAAAAUAAAUACAUAAUAGAGCCUCCUGGUACAUUUCUCUCCUCACUGCGAAUCACAGCUCGGUUCCACCGUACAGUAAGAAACUGAAAUGAGAUGAUCACCGCCCAGCAUGCGCUCUCUCUGCUCGUCUCCUGAUGUCCGUCUGCCAAUAAGCCAAAUGUAUUUCUGAGAGGCUGCUUCUUCGGCUUAACUACACAGCACUCCAUGUGUGAAGCAAAAGUGGAAAACAGAUCAACCCUGGCUUGUGGGGAUCUCUUGUGCCGCCAUUUUUCAUCAUCUUUUGCGAACCAACUGGUGAGGCAAGGGGCCUCACGUCAGCAGAGCCGCUCGUCUGUGUGACACCGGUGCUAGACUUAAGGAAGCAGACUGCAUCUUCAUGCAGCCAACAGCACUAAGCCGUCAGUGUGGAAGAAUCCUGCUCUUUAGCUGUGUAAAAUUUAAAGAAAAUCUAUGACAAAUAUAAUAUCAUGCUAAGGUUGAAAUGUAGAGCUGGUCUUGAGUUUGGCCAUUUUGAAUGUGAUUUUUUUUUUUCUUUUUUUUAAAAUUUAUUUUCAUUUCUGUCGACUUCAAAGUUUUUGAGUUUUUAUUUCUGUAUGUCUGAUUGAUUAUCAGUUUUUAUUUUUUUACUAUCACCUCAGAUAGCUUUAUUUUAGGAUUGUUGAUGCUCUUAAUUUAAAAUAAUGAAUACCUUAAACAUUGUUGGCCUUCCCGUUUAAAUGCUCCUGUUGCAGGCGUCAUCAGCACCAGCUGGCAGCCUCAGACACGAGCAUCUGAAGAUGUUUAUGUUUCAGCUUCCCUGGUGGUCUGUUAGCAUCACUUUAAAAAGAGAUGCGGCCAGUAGAAACUUUCCUGCGUGAUAUGAUCUGGUGGGGGGGCGGGGGCACAAAAUGUUAAGGUAUUCCUGUCACUCUACUCUUUGUAUUUUUUUUUGUUGUGUCAUUGAGUCCAUUGAAGUAAAUCAAGUGUAGAAGAAUCAGUGGGAGCACAGGAGAUCUGUAGCUGUAGCUCAGGAACACUUAUGGACUCUACAGAAGUAGAACCAGGGACAAAGUGCAAUGCUGUUCCUUUUGUUGAUUUAUUUUAUUUUAUUUUAUUUUUUUUGUUCUCUGAAUGUGUUUGUGUGCCUGUAUACUGUGUGUAUGCCUGUUUUUAUGCUUCUGCAACAUACGACUGUGCUGGUGUUUGAAUAUUUAAGUGUCCAAACUGUGUGUGUGAGCUGCACAUGUGCCUUUUUAAUCUCUCAAGCUUUUCCUUUUUUUUUGUGUGUGUUUACACCUUGUGUACAUGCUUUAGCUGUUCGGGCUUAUAAGCUUUUACCGGAUAGUCCAUGAAGUUUUGUUCUUUCCAGAGGGAUAAACGCCAUUUGCAUUUAGACCAGUGUCUGUCAGCCGCACGAACACACUCCUGCAGCUCUGCACGUCUCAGCUAUACACAGUAAUGCUUCUGUCGCUCACUCACAGCUGUUAGGUCUAUCGUACAAACACACACACACACAAUCUCAAACACACGGGAUGAAGGAUGUAGACCAGGCACCUAGCUCCAUCCGACAGCACUAAAGUUUCCUUGGUCUUCAUUUGAUCUUAUUGCGGAAGCUGUCACAAAAGAUAAGUCUCCAUCUCUUUUCUUUUUUUUUUUUUUUUUACCCAAAUCAGAAACAGGCUUUUAUGGGCCAUGAAUGCUUACAGGCCGAUCCCCUUGCCGUACACCCUGAGGCUAUGUUGAAAUGGCCCAGUAUGUGAAUAGAGAUGAAAGUUUCCAGGAUUGAGGUCACGGAGUCCUUAAAACCCUCCCUGGUGCUGCAGUGGGUGCUCUGUGUUUGAUGUAUGUCUACUUUUAUUUCACCCAGACUGAUUCCUCUGUGUGAGGAAUCAAACCUUGAGAUAGCAUCUUGAUAUUAAAACUUAGUACCUUAGUUACCUUUUAAACUCUUAAACAAAUCCAGUAUAGGUUCAGUAAGGUUGCAACUUUAUCACAUCACUUUACAUUCAGGUUUCUUUUUCAGUCAAGCCAUUUGAUUGUUUCAUAGUAAAUUCAUCUUAAACAAUGUGACGAUGAGCUGCUUGCUGCUGAGUAGGUGAAAAUCAUAGCAGUUUUUUUAUUUUGCAGUUUGUUUCUGCUGCAGAAGUAAAAUAAAAACCUAUGCAAAACACUCGCAUGGGAUUUCCUAAUUAAUUCCUCUUAAUUCUCUGAGGCACGCUAAUACGCUUCUUCUUCUGAUUUGGUCACAGUGUGUCACCAGUAAGCAUCACGCUAAUCCGAGAUUUUACACAUUUCCACAGCCUUGAAACGAAGCCAUGCUGCAGCAUUGUGUGGAUGAAUGAAUAGAACCUCACGUUUCACCGUGUGAAUAUGAAGAAAUGUUGCUCAAUAUGUGCGAGUGUCGAAAGGUGACGUUAAAUGAGAAGUUUGUCAUUUUUGUGUUUUCUUCCUGCUGUGCAAUGAUUCCCCCCUUUGCUCUGUUUUGUGGAAUAUUCAAACUGUGAUUAUGAUAUACAUUUGUAGAUACGUCAUUCUGUAAAAUUACGAUGAGAUGUUUUUAAAAACACUGAUUCUGGACUAUGUUUGUAUAUAUGGUGUUUCCAGGGAAUAAAAGGAGAUGAGUCUUAACUUUCUCUUGAAUGUUC